AUGAAGUUGCUGGAGGAAGGCGUCCCUGAUGGCGAGGCAAUGGAUCAAGUUGGCGCAAAGCGUUACUGCUGUCGGCGCAUGCUGAUGACCCACGUGGACUUGAUCGAGAAGCUGCUACAAUACGACCCUGCCGAACGAAGAUUGAAGGCGCAGUGA